AUGUCUACCCAAGAUGUUACCGAGUCUAAUUGUGUGGAUGAUGUUGAUUUUAUUCCUUCAACAAAUAUACAAGAAGUGCAAUCUCUUGAUAAUAGAAGUGAUGGAAAUGAGAGAAGAGGUAUAAAAAGAAAGAAAACAUCUCCUUCAUCGGAUCAUUUUACAUUGCAAAAGAUUGAUGGUAAAAUAAAAGCAGUUUGCAAUCACUGUGGGAGAAAAUUAGUGGGAGAGAGUAGUAAGGGGACUAAACACUUACUUCUUCACAUGGAAAGAUGUCCAGUAAGACAGAAAAAACUUGCCAAGAAUUCUAAUGCAAAUCCCUCAGUUACCUUCAAUCUUGAUCCUAGACUAGGAAGAAAAAAGUUGGCUAAAAUGAUCAUUCUACAUGAGUACCCUUUGUCGAUGGAAGAGCAUAGUGGUUUUAUAGGCUAUUCGAAUACUAUUUCAACUAUGUUUCAAAUGGUGUCAAGGAAUACAAUUAGGUUUGACAUUUUGAAAAUAUAUAAGAUUAAGAAAGAAAAAUUUAGAGAAGUUUUGGAGAAAAAUAAAAGUAGAAUAGCCUUAACCACUGAUAUGUGGACUGCCAAUCAUCAAAAGAGGGGAUAUAUGGUUGUGACAGCUCACUUUAUUGAUGACUCUUGGAAGUUUCAUAGUCAGAUUAUAAGCUUUUGA